AUGUUGCCUUCCCAGGAGGCAUCCAAACUGUAUCAUGAUAAUUAUAUGAGGAACUCCAGAGCCAUAGGAGUCCUGUGGGCUAUAUUUACAAUCUGCUUUGCCAUCAUCAAUGUGGUGGUCUUCAUCCAACCAUACUGGAUAGGGGACAGUGUCAAUACACCUAAGCCAGGGUACUUUGGGUUGUUCCACUACUGUGUGGGUAAUGAGGCCAAUAACAGAGAGCUCACCUGCCGAGGAUCCUUCACAGAUUUCAGCACCAUCCCAUCAGGAGCCUUCAAGGCAGCUGCAUUUUUUGUGUUGCUCUCCAUGGUGCUGAUUCUCGGCUGCAUCACCUGCUUUGCUCUGUUUUUCUUCUGCAACACAGCCACUGUGUAUAAGAUCUGCGCCUGGAUGCAGCUGUUUGCAGCUGUCUGUCUGGUGCUGGCCUGCAUGAUAUUUCCAGAUGGGUGGGAUGCUGAGACCAUCAGGGAUAUGUGUGGGGACAAGACUGGAAAAUAUUCCCUGGGAGACUGUUCUGUGCGCUGGGCAUAUAUACUGGCAAUCAUCGGGAUACUUAAUGCACUCAUCCUCUCCUUUUUGGCAUUUGUCCUGGGUAAUAGACAGAAUGACUUUCAACUUGAGGAGCUUAAGCCGGACAAUAAAGAUUUUGUUGGCACUGCGGUAAGUCAAUAA